ACCACAACAAAUAAAACCACUUCUGCUUAACUCUAUUGCUUUGCUUGCCCCCACACGCUCUCUCUCUCUCUCUCUCAACGCAAAAAGAAAAGAGGAAAGCAGCGGGAUAGCUCAAUCUCUCCUUCCAUCCUCUCCCCACCUCUCUCUCUCUACACAUAUAUACUCGAGAUAUAUAUAUCAGUAGGAUGUGCAAACCUAGCCUACGCUGCCUUUCUAGCUGAAAAGUUUACCUGUUCGUCUUCCUCCUCCUCUUCUUCCUCGUUGCUGCUUGCUGGGAGAGUACUACUGUUCUUCACAAGGCGAAGCGAGGCGGCGGCGGCGGCGACUGAUCAGAAGGAAUGUCGGCCCAGAUCGCGCCAGCGGCGGAUCAUGUGUGCUAUGUGCACUGCAACUUCUGCAACACAGUUCUCGCGGUGAGUGUCCCAGGGAAUAGCAUGCUCAACAUCGUGACAGUCCGGUGUGGACACUGCACAAAUCUAUUGUCAGUGAACCUGAGAGCACUGAUGCACUCCCUCCCAGAGCAACAAGAUCAGCUUCAGUUGUUCGAUUCCCAGGAGAACAUCAAGGCCCAUGGCAUCAAUGGCAGUCAUUUGGAGUUUGGUUCUUCGUCCUCGAAGUUCCGACUACCUAUGAUGUACUCGCCACAAAACGAACACCACCUGCUGCAGGAACAGACGCUAAAUGCUCGUCCUCCAGAGAAGAGGCAACGGGUUCCAUCGGCGUAUAACAGAUUCAUCAAGGAAGAGAUCCGCAGGAUAAAAGCAAACAACCCUGACAUUAGCCACAGGGAAGCCUUCAGCACAGCAGCCAAGAACUGGGCACAUUAUCCAAAUAUCCAUUUCGGGCUAAGCCCCGGACGGGAGGGUGGCAAGAAGCUCGUCGAUGAGGCUGUCUCAGCCUCUCCGGCGCCUAAGAAGAUCCAAGGUCUCUACUGAUAGAUAUAGUACUGGAUGCAAGAAUCAAUACCACAAAUUAAGAUAUACUGUGAGUAAAGAAUUAAGAGGAAGAGGGGAAAAUAAGUUUACUACUUAUUAGUGGGUGAAAAAAAUUGUCAAGCGAUGUAAGCACAUAGUAGCGAGUGAUAAGUGGUGGGAGGUGAAACAUACAAUCACAUGAAUUGCUAUUAGGCACUUGGUUGAACUGAGACGACUUAAUAAAUCAUUUGCCCAUAUUAUUAUUGUGUGAACCA